CGGACGCGGCCGCCCGCCCUGCCUUCCUGCCGCAUCCACCUGCCCCGCGGACAGCGCGCCGUCCAUGGCGGGGGCCGCCCCGACCACGGCCUUCGGGCAGGCGGUGAUCGGCCCGCCGGGCUCGGGGAAGACCACGUACUGCUCGGGCAUGAGCGAAUUCCUGCGCGCUCUGGGCCGGCGCGUGGCGGUGGUGAACCUGGACCCGGCCAACGAGGGGCUGCCGUACGAGUGCGCCGUGGACGUGAGCGAGCUGGUGGGGCUGGGCGACGUGAUGGACGCGCUGCGGCUGGGCCCCAACGGCGGCCUGCUCUACUGCAUGGAGUACCUGGAGGCCAACCUGGACUGGCUGCGUGCCAAGCUCGAGCCCCUCCGCGGUCACUACUUCCUGUUCGACUGCCCGGGCCAGGUGGAACUCUGCACGCACCACGGCGCUCUGCGCAAUAUCUUCUCCCAGAUGGCGCAGUGGGACCUCAGGCUGACUGCUGUCCAUCUAGUGGAUUCUCACUAUUGCACAGACCCAGCCAAGUUCAUUUCGGUACUGUGUACCUCUCUGGCCACCAUGCUGCAUGUGGAGCUGCCCCACGUCAACCUCCUCUCCAAGAUGGACCUCAUUGAGCACUAUGGGAAGCUGGCCUUCAACCUGGAUUACUAUACAGAGGUCCUGGACCUCUCCUACCUGCUCGACCACCUAGCUUCUGAUCCUUUCUUCCGCCACUACCGCCAGCUCAAUGAGAAACUGGUGCAGCUCAUCGAAGACUACAGUUUGGUGUCCUUCGUCCCUCUUAACAUCCAGGACAAGGAGAGUAUUCAGCGAGUCCUGCAAGCUGUGGAUAAAGCCAAUGGCUACUGUUUCGGGGUCCAAGAGCAGCGAAGCCUGGAAGCCAUGAUGUCUGCCGCCAUGGGAGCUGACUUCCAUUUCUCCUCCACCCUGGGCAUCCAGGAGAAGUACCUGGCUCCCUCAGACCAGUCAGUGGAGCAGGAAACCAUGCAGUUAUAGCAACAAUCUGGGCUCUGGAGAGCCAGACACGUAACCUAGCACCGGGGGAAGUGACCACUCCCAGUGAGCAGCGGACAGCUUGGCAGGCACAGAUCCAAGGACAAGUCCUUUCAGCCAGAACUGAGAAGCUGGCAAAGGGAGACUCAGCCCUGCCAAGGACAUCUAGCCAAAAGGCAGACAUGGUGCCCAAUAGAGCACCCAUCGUCCUCCAUGCUUACAAGCUCUGGGCACUACCACCGGGAAUGCAGCACCGGCCCCUCCCUGGCAGUGAUGGACUGUACUACAAUACGAGGGUUUAUUUUCUGUUUUUUGUGGCUUCUAAACUUCCUUCUACCACCCAGACCCAGGGAUUUGGGGCAGAACAAGGGACUGCCACCUUACCUGGUCCACGUUUUCCCCAAAGUGCAGAAGCAUACUGGGGGAUGGACAGUCUCCAGUCAUGUGCUUUUGUUCAUCUCCAAUUUUAACAGUGAGCCUUAAAUUUGAAUUUUCACAGGCAACACUUCUUAGCUAGAUUUCAUUUUAAAAUAUUUUCAUUGUAUUGCAUGGUUUUAUUCUGUUUUGGGCAAAUGUUAACUAGUUUUUCAUUUAUGGCAGUGAUUAAAAUUUCACUUUAAAAUGAAAACUGGCAUUUGCUUCCUUUGCUUUUGCAGCUAGUUGAAUGCAAUUCAUAUUUUCAACCAAUAGGUGGCAUCCCAGGCUUUUAAAAAAAUAUUUUUUGCAUUUGUAGCCUUGGGGCAGAAAGGGACAGAUGGUGAUUGUGCCAAAAGUCUUACUUGUAGACACUCGGUCCUGUUAACACACGUGAAGGGCUUGACAUUUUACAAAGUGCUUCCAUGCACAUGGUCCUCAUGUGGUUCUCACAGCUAACUCUGGAAAGAGGGACAAAAUGGGGAUGUUACUGAACCCAUUUUACAGAGAGGAAACCACAGAUAAAGAGUUUGAACUUUGAUUCUCUCAUGGUCCACUUUACUGACUUCUUUAAUUGUGAAUACUUACCAGUGAAAUGUCAAGGCCCCACAGGGGUUGUAGCCAAUCAGGAGACAGAGUGUAGAUACUUAUCGAGAAUUACUAAAUCACAAAUCAGAGGGAAGAGAGAUCACUGUGGGCUUGGGCUCUUGGAGGAUUCAGUUUAAAAAAAUCUCUUCCGAAGUGGCUUUGCCCUUGAUCUUAGCCAAAAGGCCGAGAAGCGAUCCGAAGUGGCUUUGCAGUGGGGCCUUUCCCUUUCCAGUUUUGGCAGCCACAGCAUAAGACAGAAGAGGAAGGGGCUAUGAGGAGGCAGCUGUGGCUGGAACAAUAUGAAAGCCGGCAACCUCCCCUCCCACGCCUGACCAUAGAGGGGAUAAUAACCAGGUGUUGCUUCCCCAGCCUCUUUCAUGUGAGGAGUUCAAAGCAUCUCACCCUUAUUAACACCCUGCACAGUAGGUGGGGAGUAUCAACAGAGCUAGCCAGGGAAACUGAGGGCAGGAGGCACAGCCUAAGGCUGGCUGUGAGUCACCUGUGGGGCUUGGCGCCCAGGUGCUGGACAAAUUCCUCAUCAGUUAGGAUGUGAGGGUGGGUGCUGUGUUUUUGAAAAUAGCCAGAGCUGUGGUCAUGGGUUUUGAUGCUUACCCCAUCACAGAGGCUCCAGUGCUCACCAAAGCAAACCAGCUGGCAGGGAGGCGUCAUUUAGAACUUUAUGGUCUCACAUCCAAGCACCCUCAGCAUUACUCCUUUGCAGUCCUUAGUAGAGAAGGGGGGAAAUAAUCCAAAUCUUUAUCUUCAGGCCUUGGUGUCACAGCAGGGGUGCAUUCUCUAGUGACAGCAAGAUGAUGCUUCCCCUGCAUGGUGGGAGGGUACAGCACCAUGCAGAAAAGAGACUAGGUGACUUGUGGGUAAGAGAAUGACUGUUCUCCAAUAUGCCUGACAUGUGGUAACCUUUGUAAGAAUUUUUUAUUUUUCCUUUCCUGAUUAAAAACACAAAACUAGGGCCUCCCUGGUGGCGCAGCGGUUGAGCGCUGGGCUGUGAAGCUGCCAGCAGCUUCUGCAGCGCCAGUUCGAUCCCCAGCUGCUCCCCAGCUGCUCCCCGGCCACCGGAGGAGGCUCCCACAUGGCGCGCAGACCUCUCCUGCCUCCCGCUGCUGCCCUCAGCAGUGUACUUCGGUCCUUCUG